CAGCCCGAGCCGCCAUUUUCUGUGUUGGCUUCGCUGUGGACGCGGUUGGAUCGGACUCGCUCAGGUUAUUAUUAUUAUUAUUUUUAAUUCUUAAAACCCCCGCUCGUCGAUAUCAUGGGUAGGAAGAAGAAGAAGCAAAUGAAGCCCUGGUGCUGGUACUGCAACAGAGAUUUUGAUGAUGAGAAAAUUCUUAUUCAACACCAGAAAGCAAAGCACUUCAAAUGCCAUAUUUGUCACAAGAAAUUGUAUACAGGCCCAGGUUUAGCUAUACACUGUAUGCAGGUACAUAAAGAAACAAUAGAUGGCGUACCUAAUGCAAUACCAGGAAGAACGGACAUUGAACUGGAAAUUUAUGGCAUGGAAGGCAUACCGGAAAAAGAUAUGGAAGAAAGGAGAAGGGUACUGGAGCAGAAAACACAAGCUGAAAGUCAAAAAAAGAAACAAAAUAAUGCGGAUGACUCUGACGAUUUCGACGAUGAUGAAGAAGCUGGGCCCUCUUUCCAGCAGCAGACUGUGCAGCCCCAGCAGAGUUACAUGCCUCCGAUGACGCAGCCAGGAAUGCCACCAGUACCGGGGGCACCAGGAAUGCCUCCCAGUAACUAUUCAGGCAUGCCACCCAUGAUGCCAGGAGUUCCACAUAUGAUGCCUGGGAUGCCCCCAGUUAUGCCUGGCAUGCCACCUGGAAUGAUGCCAAUGGGUGGCAUGAUGCCUCCUGGACCUGGUAUGCCCCCUAUGAUGCAUGGCAUGCAUCAUGGUAUGCCUCCACCUGUAGGGCCUCGUCCAGGUAUGCCUCUUAUGGGACAAGGUCCUCCAGUUACUGCUCAAGGCUUGCUAAGCAGGCCUGCGCAACCUGUGGCAACAGCACCUAAUCCACAGCCCCCCGUCACGAAACCACUGUUUCCCAGUGCAGGACAGAUGGGGACUCAUGUUCCAAGCACAAGUUCAGCUUCAUCCAGUGCAGACACAGUGUCAGCAUCUUCUAAACCUCUGUUUCCUAGCACAGCACAAGCUCAGCAGGCAGUGUCAGGACCAGUUGGUACUGAUUUCAAACCUCUUAAUACGCCUGCAACAUCUGCAGAGCCCCCUAAACCAACAUUCCCAGCAUACACCCAGUCCACAGCUUUGACCACUAAUGCAACAAACAGCACUGUAUCUAAACCUCCAGCUACUGUCACAAGUAAGCCUGCUACCCUCACUACAACGAGUGCAACUAGUAAGUUGAUCCACCCUGAUGAGGAUAUUUCAUUGGAGGAAAGAAGAGCACAGCUGCCUAAAUAUCAGCGAAAUUUACCUAGACAAGGGCAGCCACCUAUGGGGGCUCCGCCUGUUGGGCCAAUGGGGGGCAUGAUGCACCCACAGCAAGGCAUGCCCCCACAGCAGCCUGGAAUGAGACAUCCAAUGCCCCCACAUGGGCAGUAUGGUGGUCCUCCCCAGGGAAUGCCAGGCUACAUGCCUGGAGGGAUGCCUCCAUAUGGACAAGGGCAUCCCAUGGUCCCCCCCUUCCAAGGCGGGCCUCCCCGACCACCAAUGGGAAUGAGACCUCCUGUAAUGUCGCAAGGAGGCCGAUAUUGAAGCUGAUCCUCCGUCUCUUAAUAGGUUUGGAGAUUAAACCUUUUCUCAUCUUGUGGUGUUUUUAGUAGCCAAACUUCAGUGAAGUUAAGGCUUCAUUGCGACUUAAAACCAAAACAAAACAACUGAUGAGAAAGUUUGCAACGCAUGGGACAUUCAUGUUUUACAUAACAUUAUUUGAACAAAACAAACAAAAAAAACUUGUUGCAUUUGAUACUGUGUGGCUUUUUCUUUUCCAUGUUUCGUUUAGGUUUUUAGAAGUGAAGUUUAGUAAAUAUGGUUCGUAAUAUUUUGAAGGCGCUGGAGUUACAUGAACAUACCACCUUUUAAAGGCAAGUUCUGUGAAUUACAUUGCUAUACAGAAUGUGAGGCCUUCACAGCACUUUAUGUGCUGUUGGACUUCAUGUCCCCAACAUUGUUUGGUGAGGGCUUCAGGUACCAUUUCAGAGUAUCUGUAUGUUACGUCUCAGUGUGACACAAUGUUACAUGUAUUUAGAUUUGUCCUGUUGCAGGGUUUUCUUUGGCAUCAGAAUAGAUCUUGUGAUUUAUUUCUGUACUGUUGUAAAAUUCAUUGUAAUAAAACGUGAUGAAAA